GCUUUCAUCUUUAGGACAAAUCGAAUAAAUCUAUGAGGUAUUUUUGAUUGAAAGGCAGAGUAAUGCAUAGUUACGAUCGAGCAUUAACUGUCUUCUCACCUGAUGGUCAUCUCUUUCAAGUUGAGUAUGCCAUGGAAGCUGUGAGAAAAGGAUAUUCUGUGGUCGCCGUAGUGUGUGACAAGUGUAUUGUCCUCGGAAUUGAGAAGAAAACAACUGCACAGCUUCAAGAUUCUCGCACAGUCAAAAAACUGCUGAAAAUCGACGAAAACAUCACCUUUCUGUUUACUGGCUUGAGUGCCGAUGCAAGAAAGCUCGUCGAUAUCGCGCGCGUGGAAGCUCAGAGUUAUCGCAUGUCCUUCGAUGAGAUUCCCUCUGUAAAGUAUAUAGCGAACUACGUGGGUCGCCAGCAGCAAUUAUACACACAACGAGGUGGUCGUCGUCCGUUCGGCGUCUGCACGUUUAUUUGCGGUAUGGACGGCGAGAAGGGACGUCUUUUCACCACGGAUCCCGCAGGAAUCGUCGUCGAGUGGAAGGCCAACGCGAGCGGUCGCAACGAAGCAGCCCUUCGCACUUUCCUCGAGUCGCACUAUAAGGAAAACAUGACGGAAGAGGAAGGUGUGCAUCUGGUAUUGUCAUGUCUGCUGGAAACGGUCAGCAUGGUCGAGCAGAGCGUGGAUGUCGUGGUGAUUCGACCCAAUCAGGAACAGUGCGUGCUACCGAAGGAGGAAGUGGAGGAGAAGAUUGUGGUGAUCAAAGAGGAAAAGAAACGCGAAGCUGAAGCGAAGGAAGCGGAGAAUCGGAGGGAGAUGGAGUUGAGUUAAGAAAAAUGGUAUUGGUGAAGAUGCGAUGCUAGUUU